ACGCGGCGGAGCCGGGCUACAAAAGACGACGGCUGCGGCGCGCCGGGCGGAACUUUCCAGAACGCUCGGUGAGAGGCGGAGGAGCCGCUGCUGCUCGAGCUGCGUACAGCAACGCGCUCCUUCCUGCUCCCCCGCACUGCCUCGGCCCUCUCACCGGCUGUAGAAGAUGGUGAAAGAAACCACUUACUAUGAUGUUUUGGGGGUCAAACCCAAUGCCACCCAGGAAGAAUUGAAAAAGGCAUACAGGAAACUGGCCUUGAAGUACCACCCUGAUAAGAAUCCAAAUGAAGGAGAGAAGUUUAAGCAGAUUUCCCAAGCUUACGAAGUGCUCUCUGAUGCAAAGAAAAGGGAUUUAUAUGACAAAGGAGGAGAGCAGGCCAUCAAAGAAGGCGGGGCAGGCGGUGGGUUUGGCUCCCCCAUGGACAUCUUCGACAUGUUUUUUGGAGGAGGAGGAAGGAUGCAGAGAGAAAGAAGAGGUAAGAAUGUUGUGCAUCAGCUCUCUGUGACCUUAGAAGAUUUAUAUAAUGGUGCAACGAGGAAGCUUGCUCUGCAAAAGAAUGUGAUUUGUGACAAAUGUGAAGGCCGAGGUGGUAAGAAAGGAGCUGUAGAGUGCUGUCCCAAUUGCCGUGGCACUGGAAUGCAAAUAAGAAUUCAUCAGAUAGGACCUGGGAUGGUUCAGCAGAUUCAGUCUGUGUGCAUAGAAUGUCAAGGCCAUGGGGAGCGGAUCAGUCCUAAAGAUAGAUGUAAAAGCUGCAAUGGAAGGAAGAUAGUUCGAGAGAAGAAGAUUCUCGAAGUUCAUAUUGACAAAGGCAUGAAAGAUGGCCAGAAGAUAACAUUCCAUGGUGAAGGAGACCAGGAACCAGGACUGGAGCCAGGAGAUAUUAUCAUUGUUUUAGAUCAGAAGGACCACGCUAUUUUCACUAGGCGAGGAGAAGAUCUUUUCAUGUGUAUGGACAUACAGCUGGUUGAAGCAUUAUGUGGCUUCCAAAAGCCCAUCUCUACUCUUGACAACAGAACUAUAGUCAUCACUUCUCAUCCAGGUCAGAUUGUGAAACAUGGAGAUAUAAAGUGUGUCCUGAAUGAAGGCAUGCCAAUUUACCGUCGGCCAUAUGAAAAGGGGCGCCUAAUCAUUGAAUUUAAGGUUAACUUUCCUGAAAAUGGCUUUCUCUCUCCUGAUAAACUCUCUUUGCUGGAAAAACUCCUACCUGAAAGGAAGGAAGUAGAAGAGACCGAUGAGAUGGAUCAGGUAGAACUGGUGGACUUUGAUCCAAAUCAGGAAAGACGACGCCAUUACAAUGGAGAAGCUUAUGAGGAUGACGAGCAUCACCCUAGGGGUGGUGUUCAGUGCCAGACUUCUUAAUGUGGGGCCAGUGUGCAACGCUCACUGCUGGCAUUUUACAUGCAGUAGUGAAUGAGUGAAGGACUAUAAUCAUUAUGCUCACUACUCGCAACUGUUUUUGUUUUAAUAUUCAACUAUAGUAGUGUUUUAAAAGUUAAAUGAAGAAUAAACUCAAAUAUAAAAGCUCUGAGUUUGCCCUGUAUGUAUGAUGACUCAGUGUGCAAGGUGAAGUUUAAUACCUGUAAAAACUAAUCUUAAAGAAAAUUGCCCCUAGCAUUUGUUAGGCAGUACCUUAUAAUUAAUUGCAGCUAUGUACAUGGAAUAACUUUGAUUGAAAAGCCAGGUGUACGUGUUGACUUCCAGUGUAUGACCCUAAUUGUUAAACUAUGAAAGUGAAAACUGUAUUUAACUGGCAAGCGAAGAACUUCAAUUUGUAGAGAAGUGUUGGUCUGUAUAGUUGCUAGUAUUAAGUGGGAUUUAUUGUGACGCCUCUGCAUUAUCCUGUUGCCUCAACUGUUAACUUGAUGGCCUGAUGCCUAUUAAUAACAUAGCCUGUGGUAUCAGUACUAGAAAAGCUACCUUUCUAAAGAGGUUUAUAAUAAGCUGCUCUUUGAGGGCUUGCACUUAGAGUUGCAUUCCCUUCUGUGCCAUCUCCUUCCCUCCUCCCACUAGUAUAUGUAACUCAGUCCCGGUUACAUUUACCCCAUCUCUUUCUGGACCUUGCUAAGCCUCUAUAGUGACAUCUGGAGAAGGUAAUUUAGAGGUUAGAGUGACACGACCUUUACAUGGAGAAGUAUUUGCAUGUAUGAGGUGUAGUACUAAAGUAUGUUAAAGGCUUACUUUAAUAUUUAAUUUGUGCUCUGAAGUAACUGUAAUCAAAUGUUGGUAGUAUAGCAGAUUAUGAGUAGCUUUAAUUGUAUGUUUAAGUCACAUGUUCAUAAGCUUAAAUCUGGACAUCAGAAUUUAAGCAAUUACUGGAAUGUAUGAAUGUGUCCUUAAUAUACUGGAUUACAAAGCA